CCAUCUGAUUUGCCUCGUAUUCCGUUCUCCUCGGUUAAGGUCGCUGGCAACAACACUCAACUGUCUUUUGAGGUACAUGCUCCCAAAGAAAAACGCCGUCGCCGGAAGGUUAUUAAGUCUUUCACAAUAAAGGCUCAUGUCAAUUCUCGAGUCCGUCCUGCAUCGCCUUUUUUUUUUAUAGAUCCUAUACGUCCUGAUGAUACGAGAAAAAUCCGUCGUUUGUACAGUUGGAUCAAGAGGUUGUUUAGACUCUCCUCCGAUGAGCCCAGACUAUCUUUACGGUCUUUGGCUCUACAAUCCGGAAUACCAAAGGAGAAUAUUGUUACAAUGGGUAACUGGUCAUCUUCUACAAUAUUUGAGUACCAUCAUCGAAAAGAACAUUUAAGCCAUUUUGAUCUCACCCAUACUCUGGUCCAAAUCUCUUUGGAUUCUGAUGACGAUGGUUUAGCUGAGGAUGUUUUCUUUGACGCGGCUGAUUCUCUUUAA